UUUCCUUCUUUCUCACAUUCAUAGUUAACUUGCAGAUUUCUAAUCUUUUUUUCAUUAUAUCACCCUUUUGUCUCCUUCUCAUUCUCUCUCUCAGCUAUAUACAAAAACCUACUUUUAAUUUCUCUCUUAAUAAGUCAAGAAUCCAAGAAGAAGAAGACAUGACGACAGGUGAAGUUCUUCAAACAACAAUCUCUAGUACUGGAUCAGGCUUUGCUCAGAGCUCUUCAACUCUGGAUCAUGAUGAAUCUCUUAUCAAUCCUCCUCUGGUUAAGAAGAAGAGAAACCUCCCUGGAAAUCCUGAUCCGGAAGCUGAAGUGAUAGCUUUAUCACCUAAGACGUUGAUGGCAACAAAUCGGUUCCUAUGCGAGAUCUGUGGCAAAGGUUUCCAAAGAGACCAAAACUUACAGCUUCAUCGGAGAGGACACAAUCUUCCAUGGAAGUUAAAGCAGAGGACAAGCAAAGAAGUGAGGAAACGUGUCUACGUUUGCCCUGAGAAGACAUGCGUCCACCAUCACUCCUCUAGAGCUCUAGGCGAUCUCACCGGGAUCAAAAAACAUUUCUGCCGGAAACAUGGCGAGAAGAAGUGGAAGUGCGAUAAAUGUGCCAAGAGAUACGCUGUCCAAUCUGAUUGUAAAGCUCAUUCCAAGACUUGUGGUACUAGAGAGUACCGUUGCGACUGUGGCACCAUUUUCUCAAGGCGUGACAGCUUCAUUACUCAUAGAGCUUUUUGCGAUGCCUUAGCUGAAGAAACAGCUAAGAUAAACGCAGCGUCUCAUCUCAAUGGUUUAACCGCCGCCGCUGGAGCCGCAGGAUCAGUAAAUCUCAACUAUCAAUAUCUUAUGGGAACACUAAUCCCACCGCUUCAACCAUUUGUGCCGCUACCGCAAACAAAUCAAAACCAUCAUCACCAGCAACAUUAUCAGCCGCCACCUGCGUCGUCCUCGUCCCUCUCCUUAUGGAUGGGACAAGACAUCGCGCCGCCUCAACCGCAACCGCAAGACUACGACUGGGUUUACGGAAACCCUAAGGCCGCGUCUGAUCAGUGCAUUGAUAACAAUAAUAAUAAUCGCGAUGAGCUCAUUGCACAAACCGCAAACGCAAGUUCGGCUACUACUACUACUACUCUCUCUGUCCCUUCUUUGUUCAGCAAUGACCAAACGCAAAACACAAACGCAAACGCGAAUAUGUCCGCUACAGCUUUACUACAAAAAGCGGCUGAAAUUGGCGUUACAUCGACGACGACAGCCGCGACCAACGACCCGUCGACGUUUCUUCAAACCUUCCCGCUAAAAUCCUCCGACCAAACCGCCACUUACGACGACGGAGAAAAGUUCUUUGCGUUGUUCGGAUCUAACAACAACAACAUUGGACUAAUGAGUCGUCAUACUCAUGAUCAGGAGAUUGAGAACGCUAGAAACGACGUUACGGUUGCGUCUGCGUUGGAUGAAUUACAGAACUACCCUUGGAAACGUAGGAGAGUUGAUGGAGGAGGAGAAGGAGGUGGAGGAGGGCAAACUCGAGAUUUCCUUGGGGUCGGUGUACAAACGUUGCGCCAUCAUCCAUCGUCUAUCAAUGGAUGGAUUUGAAACAUAACAAAAGUUUCGAGUGCAAUGCAUAAAUAACAAAAAAAGAAGACUCUUUUGUAAUUUUACACCAUUUUCUAAAAACACAUAUGGUAAUGGAAAGUUGUUUUCUUUUAUUAA